AUGGCUGUGCUGGUCCUGGUGCACAUCCCAGAACCCCCAAUGUCCUGGGAUCAUCACUGUGGGCAGCAGUCCCGCCAGACCCCGGAGGGUGAGUUCCUUCCUCUGGACCAGCUGGAGCUGGACGUGGGCUUCAGCACGGGUGCUGACCAGCUCUUCCUCGUGUCCCCGCUGACCAUCUGCCACGUGAUAGACUCCAAGAGCCCUUUCUACGACCUGUCCCAGCGCAGCAUGCAGACAGAGCAGUUCGAGAUCGUCGUCAUCCUGGAGGGCAUCGUGGAGACCACAGGGAUGACAUGCCAAGCCAGGACAUCCUACACCGAGGACGAGGUGCUCUGGGGUCAUCGCUUCUUCCCCGUUAUCUCCUUGGAGGAAGGGUUCUUCAAGGUGGAUUACUCCCAGUUCCACGCCACCUUCGAGGUGCCAACCCCACCCUACAGCGUCAAGGAGCAGGAGGAGAUGCUGCUCAUGUCCUCGCCCUUGAUAGCCCCUGCUGUGAGCAACAGCAAGGAGAGGAACAACUCGGUGGAGUGCCUGGAUGGGCUGGAUGAAGUGGGCACAAAACUGCCCUCAAAACUGCAGAAAAUGACUGGGAGGGAAGACUUCCCCAAAAAGCUCCUGAGGAUGAGCUCCACCACCUCGGAGAAGGCCUACAGCAUGGGGGACCUGCCCAUGAAGCUGCAGCGCAUCAGCUCGGUGCCCGGCAACUCGGAGGAGAAACUGGUGUCUAAGACCACCAAGAUGAUGUCAGACCCCAUGAGCCAGUCGGUGGCCGAGCUGCCCCCCAAGCUGCAGCGGCUGUCGGGCGGGGGCAGGAUGGAGGGCAACCUGCCGCCCAAGCUGCGCAAGAUGAACUCCGACCGCUUCACAUAG